UUCACUGUGUGUCAUUCUUGUUUUCUCUAAAUUUUCGAAUCUUGAUUUUUUUUUCCAUUUUCACCAUUCGAUGUUAACUGUGUCUCCCCUCGUCGUAAACAACACCACCUCAAAGGACGAUCACAUGGCGGCUGAUUUUGCAGAUUUUACGACGGAAGACUUGCCGGACUUCAAGACGGUCGGAGAUUUCUCCGACGACGGUAGUCUCGAUUUUCUUGAAGGGAUCGAUUACUACGACGACCUUUUCAUUGGAUUCGAUGGAGACGAUGUUUUGCCGGAUUUGGAGAUUCUCGGGGAACAUUCCGGCGGCAGCGGAAGAGAUGAAGAACAAGAAAUGGAGGGAAACACUUCGACGGCGUCGGAGACAUCGGAGAGAGACGGUGGGGAGUUUAAGCCUCAAGGUGGUGCUGGUGGUGAUACGGACAAAACGGUGCGUAGAGGCAAACGUAAAGGGAAGAAAAAUAAAGAUUGUUUAUCAGCUAAUAACGAGAUUAAGAAGAAAACCAAGGUGGACUGGACGCCGGAUUUACACCGGAAAUUCGUACAAGCGGUGGAGCAAUUAGGGGUAGACAAGGCUGUGCCAUCUCGGAUUUUGGAAAUUAUGAAUGUUAAAUCUCUCACUCGUCACAAUGUCGCUAGCCAUCUCCAGAAAUAUAGGUCACACCGGAAGCAUUUACUAGCGCGUGAAGCAGAAGCUGCCAGCUGGAAUCUCCGACGACAUGCCACCGUGGCAGUUGCCGGAGGAGGAGGAGGGAAGAAGCCGUGGAUGGCUCCUGCUUUAGGCUAUCCACCGCACGUGACACCAUUGCAUCACGGCCACUUCAGGCCUUUGCACGUGUGGGGUCAUCCUACGUGGCCUAAACACAAGCCUAACAUUCCACCGACUACUCAUCGGACGUUUCCGAUUCCGGCCGUUGCGGCGGUGGCUCCGUCGUCUUGGCCAGCUCAUCCACCAUAUUGGCACCAACAGCCACUCUAUCCACAGGGAUAUGGUAUGGCAUCAUCAUCGAAUCAUUCGAUGUAUAAUAUUAAAUCAGAAACAAGCAUUGGUGUUCCUACAAGACCAUUAGGCCCUACUAAUCCUCCUCUCGACAUUCAUCCCUCUAACGAGAGCAUAGACGCCGCUAUUGGAGACGUGAUAACAAAGCCGUGGCUACCGCUUCCUCUGGGACUCAAACCGCCAUCAGUUGACGGCGUCAUGACGGAGUUACAACGUCAAGGCGUUCCUAAUGUUCCUCCUCGUCCUUGAGAGAGACAAAAUUCGUCGAAAUUGCAUUUGUUAACAUCUUUCUUUUUUUGGUCUCUUUAAUUUAUAAGUAUUUUUGCAAGGAAGAUGAUAAAUCCUUGUUGAUUGAUCAUAUGUAUUUCUUACUCCAAGGAGUAUAUAUGAAGUACAUGUAUCGAAGUUAAGCAAGUUGGUCGUA